GUUUUCGAUCAAUAUAUAUGAGGUAAACACAAAUAUGUACGACGAACAGACAACUAUCUUUUUCUUCUCCCGGUUUGAUGCCGAAAUUUUUGAUAAAUACGCUAGAAGUAUACACAGAUUUCCCAAAUCCUGAAAUUUAGGUUAUUCAAAUUGUAUUUAAACUUAUUUAUAGUGAACAUGCCGCGGACAAAUAAGAAGAAAAAGAAGGGCGGGGCUAGAGCCGGAGAUAGCAGCGAGUAUGAUACGGCUGAGGAGACAGCGAGCGUCACCAGCAGUCAUAUAUCAGAACCAGACAGCAUUGAUGAAGCUAUAGCGAGCCAUGGGUUGGAUGACGUGGAUGAGACCAGUGGUCAAGAUGCCUUUGAAGAGAAGAUUAGAGAUUUCAUCGAUGGAACAACACAGAAGAGUGCUGCAGGUCGCAAGCACUGUUUUGAAGGCAUCAGGGCAGCGUUCUCAAAGAAGUACAUCUUUGAUUUUGUAGACAGUAGAAAGAUCACAAUUGCAGACUGCCUUGAAAGAAGUAUAAAGAAAGGUAAAGGUGAUGAACAGGUUCUAGCAGCUAAACUAUUAAACACACUAUGGAUCCAGCUUGGUGCAGGACCGGAAUGUGAGGAAGUGUUUGCCGCUCUUCGGCCAGUCCUCAUGUCCAAGGUGCUAGAUAAAACUGCUUCUCCUGCUGCAAGAGCCAGUUGUGCCUCAGCUUUAGGACUAGGAACAUUUAUAGCAGCUGCAGAGUUUGAGACUGUAUGCAGCUGCAUGAAUGCUCUAGAGGACAUCUUCAGUGCUUCAUACCUCAAAGGUGAUGGGUCCAGUCCAACCCAUAAACCUGGUGUAUCUACCCUUCACACCGCAGCACUUAAUGGCUGGAUGCUACUACUGUCUAUCACUCCUACCUCUAGGAUAAAACAUAUAGUAGAAACACAUUUACCUAAGCUUCCAGAUCUCCUGUCCAGUGAUGAUGUCAACCUUAGAAUAGUCGCAGGGGAAGCUAUAGCUAUGCUUUAUGAACUAGCCAGAGAAGAUGAUGAGGAAUUUGAAGGUGAUGAUAUAGAUGAACUUGUAGUGAAGAUAAGAAAUCUAGCUACAGAUAGUAACAAGCACAGAGCCAAGAAAGACUUGAGGCAACAACGGUCUAGUUUUAGGGACAUCAUACAAACUAUAGAGAACGGGGAAUCCCCGCAGGAGCUGGUCAAAUUUGGAGUAGAAUGUUUAGAGAUAGACUCAUGGGUGAGAAGACGGCAGUAUUCCAUCAUCCGCGAGUCCCUAGGCUCAGGCACCAACACACAUCUACAGGAGAACCCUUUACUCAGGGAUAUAUUUGGACUAGGGGCUCCCCUUGUUAUAGGCCUAGGAGGUCAUAAGAAAGCCUCCAAAACAGAGAGGCAUAAUUUUAACUCUGCAGCAUUCAAGGCUCGUACCAAAGUCAGAAGCAAGCAACGAGACAAGCGUGUAGCAAUAUACUGAAAUCCCUCAUAGUUUGAUUGUUCUUAUCCUUUACUUUUUAAACUUUAUCCUGUUAAGCUCAUUCAGACAUGAUGCGGUAAAUCGUUUUGAAAACCACAGUGGAAAAAAUAGAAUUGCACAAGCAUAGGGCAUCCCAGGAUGCCUGUUUUCUGGCCUUAACCCGAUUCCAGGCCUGAUACCUUCCCUUUUUAGGCUUCAUAUUCUACAGCACAUAUGGGACUCAAACAUGUUAGGGUCUCAUUACAGGCUCACUGGGUGAAAUCACCAGGGCUCAACAGGUUCAUAAUACAUGUUAUCAAUAACAAGAUACUAUAAUUGUUGUAAGCUACUGAACUCCUUACAUAUGAUUGGCUAGGAGCAGAUUCGUCAUAAAUCUGUGGCAAUUGUUAUUGAAAACAAAGUUUUAUGAAAUAGAACCCUGGUCUUCCCUUUAGAUCACAGAGUAUAUAAAGAGAAUUUUGGUGGGUGCAUUUGUUUUAUUAACCCUCUACUUGCCAUUCAUUCUCACCUAUAAUGAUAUUGUGCUGCCUCUGGUUAUCUGAAGUGAUUCACUGCGUCUUGUCUGAACAGGGUUUAGAAGCCAUAUCUAAUCUAUCUCAAUUCUAAAUUAUGAUAGUGUAAGAAGCAUGGACGAUUGUUUGUGUAGAAGAUAUUGUUUACAAGGACGGGGGUAACUGCAACUUACAGCAAUGUAUUAUGGGUAUAGCUUGAUGUUCAUUUAGCACAUCAUUGGCUAGGAAGUCAUGCACAUAUGCUUGGGUAACUGCCGUUAAUUUCUUAUUUUGCCAGUUCCCAAUCAUUUUCUCCACCCCAGCUGAAUCACUUCAAACAGAAAGUAUACAAGGUACUGUUGAGUGCUGUGUAACUGUUUGAGUGUCCUUUUCUCAAGUGGAAACUUGCAAUGUAUACUGUGACCAAGUUUAAUUGUAUUAUGACCCAGAUCUGUUGACUACCUCAAAUGAUCACAUUUUUCAUUAAGUAUUAUGACCCACAAACAUGAGCCCUUUUUUUCCCUUUCUAUCCAUCAUGAAGUUCAUGUAGUCGCUCGCAAUUAUCUUAUGAGAAAAGUUAUGAAACUUAGGAAGGUUCUUUUCUUCCAUUUCCUAUUUCCUGAUACCAACAGAAUGUGCUGGCUAUUCUAGAGGCCUUUUCCUUUGACGGUUACUAGCAGAAUGUACUUGCACUCAUGCUUUAGGUGCAGUACUUUACCAAAUCUACAAAAACAGUGGUAAUUCAGUUAAAUAUAUACAUAUAUAUAUAUAUCACCAAUAUGUAUUGAAGUAAGCAUCAAACUUAAUUUCAGCCCGGAUAUUAAAGAAAUACCGGUAAACACUUGAAGAACACAACCAGGAAGUUAUUACUUUACUUGCCAGCAAACGAUAGUGAAUCAUAUUAAGACUGACAGAAAAUUUAUAUCCAGGGACUAACCUAUCCCCUACUUGGCAUAUGUCAUGAUGUAGCAUUGAUUUAGUUUGUAUAAGUAGAGCUUGGAAAUAACAAAUAAAACAUGAAUGUGCCUACGUAGCUGUCUGGGCAACAUGUAACACAAAACAAACACUUAAUAACCCUCAGUGAAACAUGUGAAGCAUCAUUGAAGAGUUAUUGAAGAGGAAUAUAAUUUCCUCUUAAUCAACAUCAAGAUUACAUUUGAAAAAUGUUUGUCUAAAACCUUUUGGUCUUUUCUCCAAAUAUUUAGAUAUAUUGAAAGUUUGUUCUUUUUACUUUAAAAAAAAAAGAUUUAAAGUUAAAUGUUUAAAGUAUACUUUGUUUGAAUUGUAUUCUAAAUUCUUGACCUAUAUAUUAAUAUCGUGUAAAACAUGUAUACCUGUAUUUGUUCUUCUCUAAUGCUUCUGUCCUCGAGACAUGUGGUUGUCAUUAUAGACAGACAAAAACAGAAAAUGAAUUAAUUUGGUAAGUUUUUUUUUUUCAGAAAGCUUGCUAAAUCUAUUCCAUAAUAAUGAAAUUAUUGCUUAUAUGAGCUAAAACUCUGUAAAGGAUAAUGUUUUUACAUACAUGUGCAAUUGACCUGUAAGGAAAAAGGACAAUUUUUUUUUUUUUUUUUUUGGGUGGGGGGGGGGGGGGGGGGGGGAUUUUUCGCAUAUUUGAAUAAGAUUUCGGCUUAUUGUCAUGUGAUAAGAAUUCGGUACCCUGUUUAAUAUACAGAAUAUGUCCAGGAAUCCUCUUAUGCAGACAAAGACAAUAUGCUAUAACAUAACAAUAUUUAUAAGCCCUUAAAAUUCUUCAACCUUGUGCAUUAGAAUUGUGAUACAGAAUCACAAAUAUUCCCUCAUGUAUUAGCGUCAUUCUGCAAGUGUUUUUUGAACUGCACCCAGUGAUAUGAGGGAAUCAUUCAAAUCCUGUUUUCAGUUUCCAGUCGAUGGUAACACAUUGCAAACAAUUAUUUAGUUUCACUCAAUCAAAAUUUAGAAUCGCUUCAAGCUCAUGCUUUAACAUAUAUGUAAAAGAGGUUUGCCCUCACAUAGCUCAACCAUUAAUACAAGAUUAUAAUUUAGCUUACAUGAGAAUACAUUGGGUGUGGAUUCUAGAGUGGGUUGGCACAAGUAGUCUUGCAGAAAUGCAUCAAGAAUUUCAACUUAUUUUCUCCUGUGAAUAAACCAUUGAAAGUGAAUGAUUCACAUAUUUAAUAAA